AUGUCUUACUUUACCGGCGGAAAGCACGUUGACGUCUCGGAGUCGGGUGCGAGUGGUUUUGGGGCGGGCCAGAAGCUACGUCUCAAAAAGCAUUUUACCCUUAAAGAUCUCCAACUGAGCACGGCGACCAAAGCAGCCGCUGAAAGUUUCCUUGCCGACUUCCCCAACGGCGAGUUUUACUCCACGGAGACUGACUCGGGGGGAAACAACCUGUGCGGCCUCUAUGCUAUUAAAAAUAGCAUGUUGGAUAUUGCGAGACAGAACCCCCAGAUGCGCCUCCUGCCUGUGCCCACAAUUCCCGGGCUUUGGAAAGCGUUCCAGGUUUAUGUCAUCCCGCAUCUCAAACAACAGUAUCAGGAAAUGGGCCUCCCGGACCUCGAAAUCCCCACCAACAACUUCUCUGGGGAUGUACUGAGGCUCAUCUUCAAAGCGUGGGCGAUGGGUUUCGAGGGCCUGCUCAGAAACCACUGGGGAGGAGUGGACCUGGGCCUUGUUGCCCCCGUUAAGAUGGACGCCAAAAACCCGGAACUGCAGCCUCUACGCCCCCAAAUAGAGUUUUCCGGGCCGACCCCGUCGGGACUCCCCAUCCUCUGUCCCUAUAUUCUCAACAGGGGCUUGCGGCACUGGGAAGGGAUCGCUCACGUCCCGCGGAAGAGUCAGAAACAAUCGUUGCCGCGGUUUGAUCACCAGCCG